CGUAAUUAUAAAAUUAUAUAUUAAAACUACGUCAAGCCAUCCCAUCCAUAACUCAACCCAACUCCCCGCACUGCAUCAUCAUGUUGGAUUUAUACAGGCGCGCUGUGGGUCGCUUUCCACUUGGCAAUGUCAGCUACAUGUUCGCCUAUGGAUCGGGCGUUAAGCAGCAAAUAGGCUAUGAAAAAGUUCAACAGAAGCCGGAUUCAAAAAGUGUCAUCGACUUAGUAUUUUGCGUACGUGAUACUCGAGGCUUUCAUGCGGAGAAUAUACACCGGCAUUCCAGUCAUUAUUCAGCAUUGCGUUAUAUGGGGUCCAACCUUGUGGCACAGUAUCAGGAGCUACUCGGCGCCAGGGUUUAUUUCAAUACGCUGGUGCCACUUUAUGAUCUAGGUGUGACAAUCAAAUACGGCGUAGUACAUGAGGAUCAUUUAAUUGAUGAUCUACUCAAUUGGCGGCAUCUUUAUUUGGCUGGGCGCCUACAAAAACCGGUUACUGAUCUCGUAAAGCUAGACGCCGAUUCACGUCUUAAAACGGCUUUGGAAAGAAAUCUACGGUCAGCCUGUCAGACUGCGCUGCUGCUGCUGCCCGAGAAAUUUACCGCCUACGAGCUAUUUUAUGCCAUUGCCGGGCUAAGCUACAAGGGCGACUUUCGUAUGAUUUUUGGCGAGAAUAAGCAGAAGGUGCACAACAUAGUCCAGCCACAAGUCUCCGAGUUCUUCGCACUCUACCAACCCAUUAUGAAACAGUUGUCGCAGUACAUGGCCGUUGACUUGCAUGGCCAAGAGCCGCGAUCACUAAAGCCGGCCAUUGUUUUCGAGCAGGAUAAAUCUGGCGAAGCUACACGAUAUCAUCUGCGUCAUUUGCCUAAAGAGCUGUGCCACCGUCUCAAGCGCAAUGCUGCCUGCCGCGGAGAUUAUGCGGAUGUGGUAGAGUAUCUAGCCGUAGCACCAUUGCUCUCCAAGAUCGUCCAGGUCUCGGUGAAUGACAUCGUGUGGCGCAGUAGCAUUAAGCAAUCGCUGAAAAAUAUUGCCACAGCUGGGAUUAUCAAGUCACUCGUCUAUAGCUUUCGCAAGGCCCAGAAGACUUUCGCAGUUUAAAGUAUUUAUAUUAUCUGCUAUAAGUUAAUCUUUCGCUAAUCUUCCCUGCCAAUUAUUGACUAAGUUGCGCUAACUUGUGCUAACUUUUUGUUAAUUAAUUUUAAGUCCUAAAGUUGUUGUUGACAUCAAUAG